GCGGGGCGGGAGCUGCGGGGCGGGCGGCAGUUCCCGUCCACCUGCUCCUCCUCCUCCUCCUCCUCCGCUUCAUCUCGUCCUCGUCCGGGUGCCGCUUGUGACCGCCGCGGGCUGUCCCGGAUUAAUAAACUUACUGAAGCAUUGUUAAGGAGCUAGAAUGGGAGUGAAAAUUUAAUCCCAAUUAGGUUUAAGUUUGUUUUAUCAUACAAGUUCUUCACUGCCAUAAUGAGGCUAGUAAUUCUUGAAGAUUAUGAUCAGGCUAGUGAAUGGGCAGCCAAAUACAUCUGUAAUCGUAUUAUCCAGUUCAAGCCAAGUCAAGGAAGAUACUUCACGCUUGGUCUACCAACAGGCAAUACACCUUUGGGAUGCUACAAAAAGCUGAUAGAAUAUCACAAAAAUGGAGAUCUCUCUUUCAAAUAUGUAAAGACUUUCAACAUGGAUGAAUAUGUAGGGCUUCCCAGAAAUCAUCCAGAGAGCUAUCACUCCUAUAUGUGGAAUAACUUUUUUAAGCAUAUUGACAUAGAUCCGAAUAAUGCUCAUAUCCUUGAUGGGAACGCACCAGACUUACAGGCGGAAUGUGAUGCAUUUGAAAAGAAAAUUGAAGAAGCAGGGGGGAUUGAUCUGUUUGUUGGAGGCAUUGGUCCAGAUGGCCACAUUGCAUUCAAUGAACCCGGAUCAAGUUUGUCUUCAAGAACAAGAUUAAAGACUUUAGCAAUGGACACCAUUUUGGCAAAUGCUAAAUACUUUGAUGGAGACUUAUCUAAAGUACCAACUAUGGCGCUAACAGUUGGUGUGGGUACAGUGAUGGAUGCUAGAGAAGUGAUGAUUCUUAUAACAGGUGCACAUAAGGCUUUUGCAUUGUACAAAGCAAUUGAAGAAGGAGUCAAUCAUAUGUGGACAGUUUCUGCUUUCCAACAACACCCUCGCACUAUCUUUGUGUGUGAUGAAGACGCUACUUUAGAACUAAGAGUUAAAACUGUGAAGUACUUUAAAGGUUUAAUGCAUGUGCACAAUAAGCUUGUGGACCCACUGUACAGUAUGAAAGAAAACUGAAAGAAGACUGAAGAGGAACUCCAUGUGGGUCAGCAGCAAAAGUUUUAGGUAGCAGAUGAGUUCACUGCUAUGCAAUAUGCUGAAAACUGUUUAAAAUGGGAAAUCCUAGGUACUGUAUUUUUAAAAAGGUCCAAUAUCUGUACAUUCACAUUCCAUCUGUUUGCUGUGUUGUGCAUUUUCCUUUAACAUUUGGAGCUCUGCUGUUUGCUGACAUCACUAAAUGGCAAAGAACAAACUUGGGAGAGACUGCACGUUAUGUAGAGAGGAGAAAAGCAGAGCACUUACUCUAGCACAUCGAUGUAUUGCAUCUGCCUCAUGUUAGAGAUGAUGAAACUUCCAUUUCCCAGAAUUCUUAAUUUUUGGCUUGGGUAGUGUAAUUACAUUUUGCAUUUGUGUCUCUAGGCAGAAUGGUUUUGGCCUUUGCUAAUACUAUGGACUUGUAAUAGUUGUACAAUUUCUACUAUGAAAUGUUCUGUUUACAUAUAUCUUAUGUACACUGAGCUUUUGCACUUGGUUGCCUUAAAUUUGUCUUAAACAGUUUCUGAGCAUCUCAAGUCCUGCUGUAUAUUUUGGGCAAAUGAAGAUACAAAAACAGUGCCUAAAAAUGCACCAAAUUCUUUGAAGUUACAACUUGCUCCACGGAUAAAAAUAUUAAACUUCUACAAUAGCACUUUCUCCUCUCAUGUACUUCAAAUUACUUUAGGAUCUUUAUAUUUUUGGUAAUCAAGCUUUAUACAUAAGGAAGAAAUCUCAGCAUUCCUUCGUGGAGGUACCUGGUCAAUUAUAUAACUGAUGUUACAAUUAAAUGCCUGAAAAGGGCUUAAUUUACAGGACUAUAAUGUCUGCAAAUGAUCAUUUAAAGCCAACUGUUAAUCACUUUUUCAUUGUAUCAUUAUAAACAUUGAGCUGUUACAAGGAAUGUUAUUUCCUACUUUGAAUAUAAGUAAAACCUAAAUAUAAAUCUCUUA